AUGUCUACUGCAUCUAAAUCAUUAACAGUCCUCCGGUUUGGACCUACCCGAUUCGCUCAAUCUGCCUGGAAUGACUUGAUUUCCAACUAUCACGUUAAAGUGGUGGAAAGUGAGGCUCACAAUAGAGAAGAGUUCUUGAAAGAGUUGAGAUCGGGAAAAUUUGCAGACGUUGAUUGUGUGACAAGGACUUUUGAGAGUGUUAAGAAAACGGGACUGGUUGAUAAGGAACUUAUUUCUGAGUUGAAAAAGUACACGCAGAUUAAGGUGUUAUCUCAUAAUGGUGCCGGAUACGACCAGGUGGAUGCAGUUUCUUGCGGAGAGCAAGGAAUUCAAGUUUCCAAUGUUAUAGGCCUUGUGGAUGCUGCUACUGCAGAUACCCACAUCUAUUUGCUUCUCUCUGCAUUGAGAAACUUUCAGCUUUCUACCAUCAAUAUGCGGGAUGGUAAAUGGCCUACCGCCAAGUGUGGAGGAACUCCUAUUGGCCACGAUCCUGAGGGAAAAACUUUGGGUAUCUUGGGUAUGGGAGGUAUUGGUAGAGCCAUUAGAGACAGGAUGAAGCCAUUUGAUUUGAACAAAAUUAUCUAUCAUAAUAGACAUCAAUUGUCCUCAGAGCUCGAAGGAGAUGCCGAAUUCUGCCCUACUAAGAAGGAGUUGUUUGAACAGGCUGAUAUCAUCUCCAUUAGUGUUCCUUUGAAUGGUCACACCCAACAUAUGAUCAAUAAAGACACUAUAUCUCAGAUGAAAGAUGGCGUGGUAAUAAUCAACACAGCCAGAGGUGCAAUCGUUAAUGAGCCCGAUUUAAUUGAUGCUUUAAAAUCAGGUAAAGUGGCCUCUUUUGGCUCAGAUGUCUGGGAAAACGAGCCAAAUCCUGAUUCUCAACUAUAUAUGUUGCCUAACGUAGUGGCUCUUCCUCACAUGGGAACCCAUACUUUCGAAACUAUGAAGGCCAUGGAAGAAUACGUUGUGAAAAAUGUGGUCCAUUACAUCGAAACUGGUAGAGUUUUGGCCAUGGUUCCCGAAUUAAAGCAUAAAUUUUAA